GGAUGAUUUGCCGAUUCCGCAAUCAGUAUGGGGGCACACGAAUAAUCCUAGCAUUUCAUGGGAGGGAGAAAAAUAAGAAAGUUGCUUUAGUCUGGUGGUUUUCCUGCUUUCGAUCCUUAAUUCGCAACAUUUGGGACUUUUGUUUGCAUGUUUACAUACCUUCCUGUUGUUGUUUCCGCUCGAGUUUACUGUCAUUUCACAGAAAUGUGUCAUAAGAAAAAUGUCCCACGUGCAUUUGCAGACGCUUAGUUGUCUGCUGUCAACUGCCGGUGCAUUUCAUUGACUUAACACGCCAUGGAGACCAUGGAAGUGUAUGACGAAACCGAUGUGAGGAUGACUGACGAGGUGGAGAGCUGCUACACUUACAUGGAGGUCACCUCUCCAAGGAAGAGGAAAAAGAACAAGGCACAGCCAAGGGAGAUCAUGGAGAAACCCAAAAAACCCAGGUCAGCCUACCUGCUGUACUACUUUGACGUGCACCAGACCAUGCAGCAUGAGUUCCCCAACCUGCCUCAGUCUGAAAUCAACAAGAGGAUUAGUUUGAGCUGGAAGAGGCUCAAUGUGGCUGAUAAGGGUUACUACCUGGAGAAGGCCAAAUUAGAGAAGGAAGGGACAGACAAGACAUCUCUGGGCCCUUCCCAGGACCUCUCAGGUUUCCGUAGAAUCCUCCCCAGGGCCGACUACGUCCUUCUGUCCAAGGGUGCCACUUCCGAAGAUGGGACAGGAUCCCAGCUGGAGGUGUGUAUAGACGGUCUGGAAUCCCCCUUGGGGGAAGGUGUACUCCCUUCACUGUCCGUUGGUUCUGCCCAGUAUCCUCCCCUGGCUCUGGGCAGCGAGGUGGAGCUGUCAGAGCAGUGUGUCACCAUUGAAGGCCUGACAGAGGAGGAAGCUGUGACCCUUACACACUGCGGGGCCUUGCAGGGGGCCCUCUCCUCAUCGUACCACACCUCUGCCUCGCACAACUCCCACAAUGCAACUAGUGUGACAGAAGCUGGCCUGCUAUUCAGUGACAAGGAUCCUGGAAUAGUGAGCGGGGGCUAUAGUGUUGUUGGCGUGGCGACGGACAAGGGGUGUGUGGGCGGUGCGGUGAUGCAGCAUGUGAAAGCUGACCUGGUCACCGUCAUUCCCAGUCAGGAUCGGAUGGAGCACGGGGCCUUGCCAGGAGCCAGCUCUAUAGGCUCUGUUGUCAUGGUACCCGUAGGAGCUGUAAUGGAGCGAGACAAGAAACCCUCAUACAAACUGUCGAUGAAGUACACCAGGAGAGGCAGGGGUAGCUGUCAGACAGCUGGCUGCACGUUUGUCUAUGUGACCCGUCACAAACCCCCUUUCUGCCCUCUCUGUGGCAACCACCUUGGGGGCAAAUGGGUGCCCUCUGCGAAGAAGACGCCGGUGAAAUGUGCAGGUGCUUCAUCCAAGACUUCUCCCCAGACUCCACAGUCCAACCCUGGGAACCUCCCUGAGUCUGGGGUGCCUCCCUCUGAUGAUCAGAUCGGCCCUUCUAGUAAAAGGAAGGUGCCUGGAGGCCGGAAGCCCGGGAGAGGAUCACUGAAGCCCAAGAGACCAGUGCAGCAGUGUGGAGUUUCAGCAACACUAGAGGGAGGCAGAGCCCACAGCCAGGCUGUAGUCCUGUCAGGAACACAGAGAGCAACUAUGAUUUGUUCUGUGUCUUUGAGCAGCGCUUUGGGUGGAGCAGCUGUCACUGGAGCCAGGGUCAAAGUUCAGGAGCGUAAUAGUGUGAUUGGUCAAAAGCGACCUGUGCGAGCCAUCCUCCCUGCUCCAUUCAACACAGGCCGGGCUUUAAUCCAGUGGAUAACAGUCCCUUCUGACAAAAACGAAGUUGAGAAGAUUAACUGCAGCAAAACAUCCACAGCGCUCCAUGAGAAGAUUGCUGGUUUGAAGCCUAAUACCCUAAAACAGCUUGGCCAGCCCGUGACAACAUCUCUCGAAAAGACUUGUCCCACUCACGUGGACACCAGCCAGUACAUUGUGACUGAUAAAGGAGGGAAGAUCCUCUCGGUGGUUCCUCUCAAACAGAACUCAACAUCUACACUGGACCUGGGUCUUUCUACAGCGCGGGGCAGGGGCCGUUGUAAGAACCCAUCAUGUGACUAUGUCUAUAAGAACCGACACAAGCCUUCCGAGUGUCCCUGCUGUGGCUGGGAACUGUCCAGGAAGAACACCAAGGACUUGAAGGCUGGUAUGGUGACUCUGGUGGACCCAUACCGGUCCCUGUCUCCGUCCCAGAAGGAGCUCCAGCGCCAGUCCACCCUACAGCUGCUGCGGCAGACCCUGCAGAUCCCGGAGAACCAAACGGAGCUCCACGACACCCUGGCCCUCAUCCAGGAGCUCAACUCCACCCAGGUGGUUCUCACCACCAACCAGGCUGGGGACCAGGUGUCAGGGGAUGGGGAGGAGCAGGCAGGCCUCGGGGAUGUUCAGAUCCAGUCAGGCUGGCCGCGUUUCUUUGAGUCCGAAGCCACCCUCUGUGCCCUGUGUCACUUUCCUCUGUUCAAGGGGGGGCAGAGCUCUAUAGCAGGGCAGGAGGACUGCUGGCUCUUGACCGAAACCCUGAUCCAGACAGCCUCCCUCCAGCUGAAGGUGUGUCUGAACCCCCAGUGCCUGGCCCUGCACAGCUUCACCCAGCUCCACCCGGGUCUGUUCAACGUUGGAAACAGGUUACUGGUGACACUGGACCUGUUAUUUAAGAUCCGGGGCCAGCUGAGCCUGGGCCAACACCCCGACCAAGCCGUCAGAACCAUCUUGGACCAUCUCCACAACCACCCUGUCCACACACUGAGUCCUGAGGAGGUGGCCAAUGUCCAGGAGCUGCUGGUCACUGGCUACUGGGCCUUUGAGUGUCUGACAGUGAGGGACUACAAUGACAUGAUAUGUGGUGUGUGCGGCAUCGCCCCCAAGAUGGAGAUCGCCCAGAGAUACACAAACAACGUACUGGAGCUCCGGAACGUGGAGUUCACAUGGCCAGACUUCGGAGCUCCAGACGAGGUGCAAGUGGACGACUUCUGGCUGACCAUGGAGAGUGAGGCAAUCGAGCAGGCGGCGUUCCACUGCAGUGUCCCCAUCACCCGGGUUGACGCCUCCAUCGUCGCCCCCUUCAUCCCCCCACUGAUGAGGAGCAACGUCGUCAUCAACACUGAGAAGGACAAGGCCUUACAGCACACACAAUGCACAGGCAAUCCGUCGGUGCUGGUACGUCUGAUCCACGAGGGCCGGCUCAGACCGUACCAGGUGGACGAGUACAGUGCUGAGGAGCUCCGGGCCAUACUGGACUGCUGUGGAGAGAAGACCGCCCCGGACAGCAACAAGGAUGAGUUGCUGGUCUCUCUGAUCACCCUGUAUACACAUGUUCAGAAUGGGCUCGGCACGGCCCCCCAGCCCCCGCCCUGCGUCACCGCAGGCAAGCUGUCCAAGAUCUGCCCCCACCAGGUGGUGUGUGGUUCUAAGUACCUGGUGAGGGGGGAGACCGCACGGGACCACGUGGACCUGUUGGUGUCUUCCCGGUACUGGCCCCCUGUCUAUGUUACUGACUCUGCCCGCCAGGUGGCGCUGUGCACGGACGUGCAGUACCCUGAACUGGCCUUCAGCAUGUGGGGCUGCAACCAGGGCUGCUUCUCGAACCCCAUGGACAAAGCAGAGUUGGUGUCGUGUGCUGAGCUGCAGGACCAGCCCUACAGCGCCGACCUUUCCUACGUGGCGGAGAACCCUCAGCUCCACCCUGUCACCAAGUCCUCCUCCCGCUGGAUAGUGAGCCCCGCCGGGCCCGCUGAGGGACAGGAGCCCUCCGGUCUGGACCAUCACUCCAUGGGCCUCUGCAAGCAGCUGGAGCACUACUGCAGCCUUCUGCAUGACCUGGACAGGGAAGAGGUGACCGGAGAGGAUGGCAGGGGUAUUCCGGGUGGCGUCAAGGUUGAAGCUGAGGACACCGAAAGGUCAGAAGUCAGUGAGACUGAGGAAGUCUGUCCUGAGGGUUCGGUGACGUCAUUGCGCCGGCGACCUUUGGCCUUUGACAAUGCGGCCUACUACUACCUGUACAACCGUCUGCAGGACUUUCUGACCAGCCGGGAGGUGGUGAGCCAGCAGAUCAGCGCUGUGCUGAAGGCCUGUCAGCCUGGGGAGGUGGUGAUCAGGGACGCCCUCUACAGGCUCGGGGUGGCACAGAUUAACACCCAGGAGGAGGAAGACGGAGUGGAGCCGCAGGAGGCGGGGGGGGUGGAGACAGACACUGGCUUUGAUGAGGAAGUAGUGCUUUAAACAACAUGUGACCAACUUUGAUCCAACCCAACAAGUAAUUCUCUGACAUCAGGGGAUAGUGCUUCACUGUAUGCCACAAUGGCCAUGACCUCCCACUGUAUUGAGCUAGACCAGGGCUGCCCAAUCCUUUAGGUUUUCUCUCUAACCCAGGUUGUGACUAACCUGAUUUUGUCUCCAACUAAUUCAGUUGUGCUAAAUUAGGGUUGGGGAGAACAUUCAGGAUGGUAGCUCUCCAGCAACGGGUGUGGGCAGGCCUGAGCUAGACCUGAGGUAGAUCUGGACCUAUCCGAUUCAUAAAUGCAACACAGAGAGUACAGUGAGGGACAUUUUAGUGCAGGCUUAGAGUUUCUGAAUGUAGCCUAUUGUGCAAAAAAGAGAUGCAGGGGCUUGAGUGUUUUCUAAGUAGCAGAGACGUUGCUGUGCAUGUGGAAGUUUUUCUCAAAUGUACUAGAGGCCCAUUAGAACCGAAUGCAGAAAUGUAUGUGAUUGGUUGACUAAGUGGAGAGGGUGGAGCUAGUGCUAGGGUCAGGGUUAUAGCUUGUCCCUGAACUUAACCCCUAAGCCUACUCAAAACGUAACCUUCAUCUAACCAUUUCUAACUGUUUUAAAUGUCAACUGCAAUUGAGGAACCUUUGAAUUUAGAUGUAUACUCCAACUUAUGUAUUGAGUCAACUAAUCACAGACAUGUCUGCCUUCAAGGCAGAUCAGCCUCCAAUAUAUAUGUUUAAGUUUGGCUCCCACUCUCAUUGCUGCUAACCAGACUUCUGGUCUGUAAUGUAUUCUCUCAUCAGUCAAACAGAGACUGUGCUUUGUAGAUUGUAAAAACUUGAAUGUUACUGCUUUAACCUAACUGAAAGCAUUUUCAUAUUGUUUUUGAAUAGGUUUUAACAUAUUAUUGAUGUUAACUAACUACAUUGGAGUGCAAAAUGUCUCAAAGUCUAAUAUUAUUUAAUAACUGUG